AUGGCUUCUGCCCCUGAUACCACUUCCAUCCCGGGUUACACUAUUUUCCGGGAGGGAGACUGUGAUAGCGUUGCUGCCCAUGCCAUGACCCCUCAGGGUCCUCCGCACCCUCUUGAUCAACUAUCUAUUCAUGAGGUUCCCGAGACGGCCAAGCUUGUCCGCGCCUACUGCAACCCCAAGACCGUCAAGUUCAACUGUAUCACCCUGCGUGAGCCCCCCAAGGCCGAAUAUGCCGCUUUCAAGGCUGGAAAUAUCCCUGCCCCGGAUCGUAAGGCUUUUACUAUUGUUAUAAUCCGCGAGACUGAACAAGUCGCCGAGGUCAUUGUGAACUUGAGCAAGAACAAGGUCGAGUCUUACAAGGAGAUUCACAACGCCAUGCCGACUCUAACUCUGGAGGAUCUGGAUGUUAUGGAGCGCAUCUGCCUGAGGGACCCCCGUGUCAUUCGCGCGUGCAACGAGGUCGGCAUCACUGAUAUGUCCAAGGUCUUCGUGGAUGCUUGGGCUAUUGGUAUCGACGAGCGCUGGGGCUUUGACCGCCGCCUCCAGCAGGGUCUUGUCUACUACCGCAGCUCCGACUUCGACAACCAGUACGCCCACCCUCUGGACUUCAGCGUUGUUGCCGAUACCGAGAAGGAAGAGGUUUUGAGUGUUGAUAUUCGUCUUGUCAAUGGCGAGCGCACCGGUGUUCCUCUGCAGGAGCAUAAUUACCUCCCCGAAUUCAUUAGCGACAAAUAUAACCACGACCGCCUCAAGCCUAUUGACAUUACCCAGCCCCAGGGUGUAUCCUUUAAGGUGCGCGGCAACGAGCUGCAGUGGGCUAACUACAAGAUGCACAUUGGCUUCAACUACCGUGAGGGUAUCGUUAUCUCCGACGUGCGCUCCCAUGACAUGUACGAGGAUCGCGAGCGGACUCUAUUUAACCGUAUCUCUGUUGUUGAGAUGGUCGUACCCUACGGCUGCCCCGAGAAGCCUCACCACAAGAAACACGCCUUUGAUGUUGGCGAGUACGGUACAGGACUGAUGACCAACUCCCUGAAGCUGGGUUGUGACUGCAAGGGUGCUAUCCACUACAUGGACGGAGUUAUGUCUACUGGCAGCGGCGAGGCGGCCGUCAUCAAGAACGCCAUCUGUAUUCACGAGGAGGACAAUGGUCUCCUAUAUAAGCACACGGACUACCGCGACGGCACUGUUAUCUCUGCUCGUGACCGUAAACUUAUCAUCUCUCAAAUCAUCACCGCCGCCAACUACGAGUACGGCUUCUACCACACAUUCACUCUGGACGGCACAUAUAAGCUCGAGAUGAAGCUCACUGGCAUGCUCAACACCUACUGCAUGCACCCUACUGAGACUGCCGCUCCCUGGGGCACACAGGUCGCCCCUGAAGUCACUGCCCACAACCACCAGCACAUCUUCUCCCUCCGCGUCGACCCGGAAAUUGACGGCACCAACAACACCGUCGUGCAAAGUGACGCCGUCUCCGCCGAAGCUAACGUCGGCUCCCCCGAAAACCCUUAUGGCAACGCUUUCCUCAGCAAGAAAACCCCCCUCCGCACAUCCCUCGAGGGCGCCGCCGAUUACUGCUACGAGACCCAGCGCUCAUGGGAUAUCAUCAACCCGAACCGCGUGAACGAGGUCUCCAAGAAGCCCGUGGGCUACAAGAUUCUCAACAACAACUGCCCCCCUCUGCUGGCCAAGCCCGGUAGUACUGUGUACAACCGCGCUGCGUUCGCUCGCAAGCCGCUCUGGGUCACACCUUACAAGGACUACGAGCUCUUCCCUGCUGGCGACUACGUGUGCCAGUCCACCGGCGAGGAGGACCACCCCUUCAACUCGACCAUUCUGGACUGGGCUAAGCGCAACGAGCCUAUCGAGAACGCCGAUCUCGUCUGCUACAUCCAGUUCGGUCUGACCCAUUUCCCCCGAACAGAGGACUUUCCUAUCAUGCCCGCGGAGCCCGUCAGCGUCAUGCUGCGCGCCUCGAACUUCCACCAGAAGAACCCCGGUCUUUGGGUUCCUCCCAGCGCGGUCUGUGUCGACACCAUGUCAAAGAACGCGUUCCCGUCUGCUGCGUCGAUGUCGUGUUGUGCAUCAAAUAACCCGUCCAGACUGUAA